CUGCCCCCGGCCCGGCUGCCGGCGGCGGCGCUGUGCUCGGCGCGGCUCGCUCGGCUCCGCAGUCGGCGCGCCCGCCCGGCAGUGCGCUCGGCUCGCGGGAAGGGAAGAUGGCGGAUCGCGCGGAGAUGUUCUCGCUCUCCACCUUCCACUCGCUCUCCCCGCCGGGCUGCAGGCCCCCACAGGACAUCAGCCUGGAGGAGUUUGAUGACGAGGACCUGUCAGAGAUCACAGACGACUGUGGUAUUGGCCUGAACUAUGACUCAGACCAUUAUGAGAAGGACUGCCUGGUGCUGGAGCGCUGCGAGCAGCCGCACCCCGUCUGCACCUUCCAGGAUGACUUCCAGGAGUUUGAGAUGAUUGAUGACAAUGAAGAGGAGGAGGAGGAGGAGGAGGGGAACGAGCUGGAUGCACCCCCAUCACCCUCAGCCUCCCCCAUCCCCUCCCCAGCCACUGAGGACACCCAGAAGACACGGCCCACCACACUAAACCUAACUGUGCCUGGCACCCAGGAUUCCCUGAACAACAACGGCAGCUACCCACCUCCGGCCCCUGCCCCAGCCCAGCGGGCCACCUGGCAGGAGACCCUCCUCCACUCCUCUUCCUCCUCUUCCCCCCCUCGCGUUGGGCACUUGUCUCCUGCCCACCUGUGUGUGCAGGAUGGACCUUGCCUGGAAAGCCAGCAGGGCCUGGGGCCAAGCGUGGGGGGCACAGGGCAGGGUCCGUCUCCACUCAAAUCCUCCCUCUACGACCUGGAAGGCAACAGACACGAGUCCCUGGCAUGUGUUAACCAGGCGCCCGAGAGCGCCGGGGAGGAUUAUAACAUGAACAUCAUCACCGUGCCGCACUCCCCUGCCCAGCUCUGCCCACCGCCUCCUGAGCCAUCUCUCUCUCCAACAGGGCCUGCUGCCCUGCCUCGCCUGGACCCCGGCACGGAUCCCCGGAGCCCUGGUGCCAGCCCCCCACUGCCUGGCGCCCUGGAGACCUGCUGCAUGCAGUCAAAGCCAGACGCAGCCAGCAGGAGGGAGAAGCAGCAUCCCGGGGGAGAAGGGAGCCCCAUGGAGGGUGCAGUGCAGGAGGCAGGGCUGGGCGGCCCUCAGGAUUCCCCCAUUGCCCUCAUUGACCAGUCCAGCACCCCACUGUCUGAGGAGGAGCUGGCCAAAGGCUACGGAGACCCUGGGGUCGGCGUCUUCACAGACCGGAGUGAUGGGGAGGGCCCACAGCCCCUGGGGGCCUCUACAUGCCGCAAGGGGCUGACAGAGCAGCUGAGCUCAGAAGGGGAGGGUCCUCUUGGUUGCCGGGCCGGGCUGCCCUCGGGCUCCUCGGAGACCACAUCACCGUCAUCAGACCCCGGCAUCGAGGCUGACAUGACCAGCCGGAACGCCAAGCCCUUCCUGCCCUGCAGCCGGCACAGCGAGGACCUUAGCUCGCCUGGCUCCGACUCGGACGUGGAGGGGGAGCUAGAGGCAGCAUUCGGCUCUGGGGGCCGCCUGGUCGGCAACAUGAUCUCCUCCAUCUCGGAGACAGAGCUGGACCUGAGCAGUGACAGCAGCAGUGGCCGCUCAUCCCACCUCACCAACUCCAUUGAGGAGGCCAGCUCCCCCGCCUCAGAGGCUGACCUGGAGGCUGAGCUGGAUGCCCCGGGCAUCCUGGGCAUCAAGGACGCACUGCUGUUGGACACCGGCAAGGAGGAACCAGAGUCAGCACUGCCAGGGGAGCCACUGGGCAGUGAGCGGAGCAUGGUGCGGAGGCAGAGCCUGGCUGACCUGAAGAUGGAAGACUACUAUGACAGCCUGAGCCCCGAGGACUCCUCGGUGCCUGCCGAGCAGACGGAUUUGUCCAUGCCCAGCCCCCUGGACCUGGCCAUUGACCCUGACCACAGCCUGGAGAGCAUCCGCCGCUCCUUCUACCUGCCUGUGGGACCCAAGCUCCUGCCUGCGGUGGAUGACGAGGAGGAGGAGGAGGAGGAGGACAACAGUGAGUAUGACUCGGACUCAGAGUCAGAGCCUGACCUCAGUGAGGACUCUGACUCUCCCUGGCUGCUCAGCAACCUGGUCAACAAGAUGAUCUCAGAGGGCUCCUACCCCAUCAAGUGCCCAGACGAGUGCUUCCAGCAGUCCCACUCCCUCUGCGACACUAUCUCCCCAGCCUCUGACCUGGAGCCUGAGAUCCUGGGAGAGGUGCUGGAUGGGGAGCCUGGUCCACAGGAGCCACCAGAGCCACCUGCGAUACAUCAUGCCCAGCAGGGCAUUGAACUAAUGGAUAUGGAGACCCUGCGCAGCACCCUGCAGAGCGCUGAGGACGCCAAGCCCGCGAGCGCUGGCCCUGGCAGGGCCCCGGUCCCACCCCUGCCUGGAGCCGGCCCCUACCUGUUCAUGAGCAACCCAACACGUGACACCAUCACCCCGGUGUUCCCCGGGCGCCGCCGGGGCAGCACCAACCUGCGGGCCAGCCCAGGCUGCUGCACUGCCUCUACCAAGAGUCCCCCAGGUGCCCCUGAGGGCCAGGAGCCCAGCACAGAGCCAGUGGCCAGGCCCGAAGACUGGGCUGUCGACAAAGAUCUGGACUCGGGCAUCCUGGAAGACAACGACAUGAUUGACGACAUCCGGUUAGAGGCCCUGGGCCAGGGCCCCGGUGCUCUGGACGUGUCUACGGCCAAGACCAACCGGUGCUUCACCAUGGCUUACUCUACCGAUGAAGAUGAUGCCCCUUACUUCGGCAGCCUGAAGGGCUCCCCCUUCUGUGAAAGCCCGGAUGGCCUGGAGGGGGCCCUGGGGCUGCCGCCACCCACCCGGCCCCUGGACGCAUCGCUGGUAUACGACUCCAUCAAGUACACGCUGGUGGUGGAUGAGGACACACAGCUGGAGCUCGUGAGCCUGCAGCGCUGCACUUCGGCACUGAGCGACGAUAGCGAGGAGCUGUUGCGGGCCGGUGGCCCUGGGGACGGGGAUGAAGACGAGGAUGCGGACACGCUGGGUGAUGGGCUGGCAGCCUGUGACAGGCCCAGCUCCUCUGAGGACUCCUCACCUGAGGCCGACCUCCAGUUCUCCAAGAAAUUCCUCAAUGUCUUCGUCAACAGCACGUCCCGCUCCUCCAGCACUGAGUCUUUUGGGCUAUUCUCAUGCAUGGUGAAUGGGGAGGAGCGGGAGCAGACGCACCGUGCUGUCUUCAGGUUUAUCCCACGCCAUGAGGAUGAGCUGGAGCUGGAUGUGGACGACCCAAUCCUGGUGGAGCUGGAGGAGGAUGACUACUGGUACCGUGGCUACAACAUGCGGACAGGUGAACGGGGCAUCUUCCCAGCCUUCUACGCCCACGAGGUGGUGAGCCAGGCCAAGGACCUCAUAGGCCUGAAGAGGAACCCGUGCUGGGUGGAGCGGUUCAACGUGCAGUUCCUGGGCUCCGUGGAGGUGCCAUACCAUCAGGGCAAUGGCAUCCUGUGCGCUGCCAUGCAGAAGAUUGCCACCACCAGGAAGCUGACGGUGCACCUGCGCCCGCCGGCCAGCUGUGACCUGGAGAUCACACUGCAGGGCAUCAAGCUGAUUUUGACAGUCAACGAGUACAGCAGGGAAGAGGAGUUUGAGCGCUGCAGCCACUUCUUCCAGAUGAAGAACAUCUCCUUCUGUGGCUGCCAUCCCCGGAACAGCUGCUACUUCGGGUUCAUCACCAAGCACCCCGUGCUGAGCCGCUUUGCCUGCCACGUCUUCGUCUCCCAGGAGUCCAUGCGGCACGUCGCUGAGUGUGUCGGCCGAGCAUUCCAGGAAUACUACCAGGAGCACCUGGAGUAUGCCUGCCCCACAGAGGACAUCUACCUGGAGUAAAGGAGCGAGUCACUGGGUCUUGCUUCCGCGCCCCCGCCCAGCCCUGCCAGCGCCCAGAGACUCUGCAGGACCCUGCUGCCUGCUGGCUCGGCCUUGCUGCCCCAGCCCCAGCCCCAGCCCCAGCCCUGGCCCCAGCUCAGUGGGGUCGCUGCACACCCUUGCUGCCUUGCUGGGGGCCGGGGCUGGGGUGCAGGUGUCCUACCAGCAGCAGCCCAGGCAAGGUGGGAGGUAUUGGUGUGGGGCAUCCGGACACCUGGCCCUUGCCUGGAUGGAGGUUGGGGGGCAGCUGGGAGCUGCUGCCAGGAGGCUGCUGUUCUGCAUGACCAAAGCGAAUACAUUGAGGACUCCGGGGCCAUAUGGUGCCUGGGGAGCAGGGGCUGCUGGGUGAGUGUGGGGACCAGGGAAGUGGGGAGGGGCUGCCGGGGUGGGGGAGCUGUGGGCAGGGACCAUCAUGCGGUGGGUACCUGGCUGGGAGGGGCAGGAGGAGAGCAGAGGAGGGGGCCCGGUGGGGAGGAGCAUCGCUGAAGGUCCCUGGGCCCUGAAGCCUGCCUCUGGGCAGGCACCUCCCAGCUCUGCAGCCAUGGGAGCUCCACACAGUGCCAGGGAUGGGGCAGGGGUGGGCAUGGGAGUUGCGAGCCUCUCAUGUGGGGCCACCAGCCCCCUGCCAUGGCCCCAUAUGGAGCUGCUGCCCAAAAUACCCACAACAGCAUUGGUGCCACAGGCCUGUGGCUGGUGCUUCCAUCUCAAGGAGUGUGGGACACAUCUCUAGUCCUUCCUUCCCCUGCAUGGGCACGGGAGGUUGGGGCAGGGAGGAGCUCCAGGCCCCAGUGUCCCGUGGCCCCUGCUGGUGCCCCCAUCCCCGUGGCUCCAGGUCAUGUCCACAUGCUUGUCCAUGGCAGCUUGAGUGUGGAUUGGGUUUUGCCUCCCCCUUGGCCCCCUCAUACCCCCGGCCUUGUCCAAGUGCUCUGAACUGUGUGAGUGUGAGUGUGAGUGUGAGUGGAGGGGGUGGAUGGCUUUCCCAGCCUUUCUCCCAGAUCAUCCCAGUCUGGCUUGGCAGCACCUGGAUGACCAACCCGCAGCCUGUGGGAUGUCAGGGGGUCCCUGCAGCUCAGCACCUGCUCCCGGCACCUUUUGGGGUCUGUGCCGUGUCAUGCCUCUCCUGAGAGGAGCUGGCCAUGUGACCUGGCCGGUGCUCCCUUUCUGGGGGCUGCCUGCAUGCCAGGCAGCUGGAGAUGGGUGCUAGGACCAGGCUGAGGUCAAGAGGGGGAGUAAUUCCUGGCAUGAAUGUGUUUGCCCCCAGGAGCAAGGCCUCUAUCCAGCCCCCCCAGGGCAGCUGAUCAGGGCAGCCCCACACUCACCUGGCCCCCUGCCCAUUGCCACCCAUCUGCACCCAGCCCCAGGGCCCUCUGCGAGUGGACAGAGGCAUCCUUGGCAGCUGGGCAGGGUCCGUGGGCUGGUCCCUGCUGCUGCCUUCGGGUUGCUCAGGGUGCGCGGCUGUGCCCCCCCACAUGUACCCCCACUGCUGUGCCUGGUGAUUUCUUUUGCUUGCCGGCCCCGCGUUACCUCCGGUCCGUGCUAGUUUAGUGACUAUAACUCCACGCCGCUCGCUGUACCAAUAUUUAUCUGUAACUGUACACGACAGGAGAACUACCGCGCAACCGUAUCUUGUACAAAGCCCCAGCCCCAGGCCCUCACUGCCUUGUCAUCCAGUCCGUCUUUCAAUAAAAUAUAUGCUUGGUGUGA